UGUCGCCGGCAAAGCGAUAACAGUCCGAUAAACACUUUUGCGUAAGAGAAACGAAAAAAUAAAUAAAUAAAUUGAAUUGCAUAUGUUUCAUUGAUCCGGAAGCAAUUGAAGAUGCACACAGAUUUGGCAUCACAUUUACACACGCCGGCCUGCAAUAAAUUAAUAGAGGAACUCAAAGCGUGCCACGAAAAUCACGCCUUUGCCAAGUUUAUUGGCAUUUGCAACACCAUCGACGACCAGGUGGUCAAGUGCCUGAAAUCCGAGCGUAUUGCACGCUCCGCUGCGAAUCGCGCCAAGGCUCGCGAACGUCAGGCCCGGUACAAGGAGAAACUGCAGCAGGGCGAAGCCAACUAA